AUGCUCCAAACAGACUGGUCGUCAGACUGGUUUCAUGCACUGUAAGUGUGUUUCUUCACAGAAGGGACCAAUUUGGGUGAAACUCAAUUUAAAACUCAAAUUGAAACGCUUUGAAAGUGGACAAUCCUGUUUAGUUGGAGUGACAAGGAAUGCUGGGGGUCGUUGAAGGGAGGGGACUGAAGGGAACGAGGAUUAAAACAGCUGGCUGAUGCUGGGAAGUCCCAGAAGCCAACACCUCAGAGAACACUGCGAAGAACCGGAACAUCCUCUGAGGUUUUUAGGAAGACUAUAGUUUGAAGAGUUGACUGGGUCCAAAAGAUGUUCUCCUCAGUUACGCAAUACAAAAACCAGCAUUACUCCCACAUAAAGAAGGACUGUCUGGACAGCAAGAAGCUGUUUGAGGACCCAGAGUUUCCUGUCACCAAUGCGUCUCUGUUCUUCAGCAAACCACCUCCAGGCAGAGUGGAGUGGAAGAGGCCUGGGGAGAUCAGCGAUGAUCCUCACCUGUUUGUGGAGGGCAUCAGCUCCCACGACCUGAACCAGGGAGUUGUGGGUAACUGCUGGUUUGUGGCGGCCUGUUCCUGCUUGGCUCUGAAGCCAGACCUCUGGCAGAAGGUGAUUCCUGACUGGAAGGAGCAGGAGUGGGAUACCAAACACCCAGAGCGCUAUGCUGGCAUCUUCCACUUCCAGUUCUGGGUGUUUGGUGAGUGGAUGGAUGUGGUGGUGGAUGACCGACUGCCCACCAUCAAUGGAGAACUCAUCUACUGCCACUCCAACGUCAAAAACGAGUUCUGGAGUGCCCUUCUGGAGAAGGCCUAUGCCAAACUGUCUGGCUGCUAUGAGUCUCUGGAUGGAGGUAACACCGGGGACGCCGUGGUGGACUUCAGCGGAGCCGUGGCAGAGACCAUCGAUCUGGAGAAGGAUGCGUUCCACAGCGACAAGGAGAAGCAGGAGAAACUGUUUGAGGACCUGCUGAAAGUCUACGACAGGGACGGGAUCAUCAGCUGCUCCAUAAGGGCGGCGCGCCAUGAGAUCGAGAUGCGGAUGGCGUGUGGGCUGGUGAAGGGUCACGCCUACUCGGUCACAGCGGUGAAGAGGGUACGUUUGGGCGAAGGGCUUCGGGCCUACUUCAAGAACGAGACCAUGCCCCUGAUCCGCAUGAGAAACCCCUGGGGCAAGACUGAGUGGAACGGAGCCUGGAGCGACAGCUCAGCAGAAUGGGAGAAGGUUGGUAGCAUGGAGAGAAACUCACUCGGCAUCACUGUGAAGGAUGAUGGGGAGUUUUGGAUGUUGUUCGCAGACUGGUGUAAGUACUUCUCAGAGACAGACGUAUGUCGCCUCAUAAACACCUCGCUGAUCAGCAUCGACAAGACGUGGAACGAGGUGGUGCAUUUAGGCAGCUGGACCAAACACGUGGAGCCACUGAAGAAUCGAUGUGGUGGCUGCAUGAACCACAAACAGACCUUCCUGCAGAACCCACAGUAUGUGUUUGACGUGACCAAGGAGAUGGAUGAGGUCUUGGUCUCCCUGCAGCAGAGAGACAUGAAGAUCCACAGGAUGAUCGGACAAGGAGAGAACCUCACCAUUGGCUUUGCCAUAUUCCAGGUGGAACUCAACAGGAAGUACCGCAUGCAUGACAUCAUCACCCAGCAGAUCGUGGACACGUCAGCAUUCAUCAACGCUCGUACGGUGUUCAGGAGGUGCAUGCUGCCCAAGGGCCGUUACAUCAUCUUCCCCACCACCUUCAAGCCAGAGACACUGGGAGAGUACAUGCUGCGUGUUUUCACCGACACAGAUUCCGGAUGCAGAGAGCUGACGGAGGACAAGCCAAAGGUGAAGUGCUGGAGUCCGUUCCUGGGCUACCCUCAGGCUGUGUCCCAUGUCUACAUCCACAAAGCUGCGGGGCUGGAGAACCAGGACAGCACCGGAGGUGCAGACCCCUAUCUGGUCAUCUCCUGUGAGGGCUCCUCAGUGCAGUCUACAGUUCAGAAGGACACCUUGGAGCCCAAGUUCAAGACCAGCGCCAUCUUCUACAGGAAGACCCCCAGGAAGCCAGUCACUGUGGAGGUGUGGAACAGCAAUGCUGUGCAGGACCAGUUCAUGGGCCAGGUGGUUCUGACCGGCUCGGUCACCGACUCCACCGCGCCCCAGAAGGUCCAGCUGAGGAAAAGGGGCCGGAAGAUGGACGACGAGAUGCCUGGCUCCAUCAGCCUGCGUAUAGCCACCGCCUCCAAGCUCACUGAUCUGUGACCUCCCACUGUGGUCAGGUGACCAGGAAGUCAUUUGCACAGCUCUUAAAACCAACAAAAAUAUAUAGACAGUAGGUCAUCACUACAAUAUGGAAAUCUACCAGCCUGACCACCAAAAACAACAUGUAACCACAAAGACUACUGUUGCUGGCGACCAACGAUGCACCUUCAUGCUAUCUGGAUUACAUUGUAUACUGUGUAUGGCUAUAAUUUUUGCUUUUUUCAUAUCUGAUCAAAUACAACAAUAUUUUGAAUGAUGUAUACGCUCCUGUGAUAUGUGAAAAAACCUGAUGUGUUAGAAUGAUAUUGUUUCAAAUUCCUCACUGCCUACAUGAACACAUUCCAGGAAGGAGUAUUUCUGAGUCAUUACUUUUUGAAUGUCCCGUAUGCAAUAUAAUGUCCUUAUUACCAUAACAGUGAUUCUUAUCUCCCAGCAUUAUUAAAUAGAUCAUACUGUAAUCGACAAUAAUCCUAUUAUGGUAAUAAUGUGUGUUAUUCACAGCACAUGUAUGAACGUUACAGCACUAAAUGUGUUAUUUUAGCAAGGUUACCAAGAUGUAAAAAUGUGAUUUAUACUUCCUUAAUACAGCAUUAAAGUUAAAAGUGUCCAUG